AUGGCCAAUACCACUGUCAAGGGUGCAAUUGCCAUCCAUGGCCAAAACCCUCAGUUUCUAGUCGAGACCGUUAUCCGCAAUCGAAUAUGGGAAUCAAAUUAUUGGAAGGAGCAUUGCUUCGCUUUGACUGGUCGCUUAGGUGCAUUGGGGGUGUUUUAUGGCAAUCAACGCCCUACAGAGUUCCUGUGCUUGCUCCUGAAAUUGCUCCAACUCCAACCGGAAAAGGAGAUAUUGAUAGAAUAUCUACAGGCAGACGAGUUCAAAUAUAUGAGGGCAUUAGCCGCCAUGUACAUACGAAUGACCUUCAGUGCAGUGGAAGUGUACGAGCUUCUUGAACCAUUAAUGAAGGACUUUAGAAAGCUUCGAUACCGCGACAUGGCAGGGUAUUCACUAACUCAUUUUGAUGAAUUCAUAUAUUCGCUCCUCACUGAGGAACGAGUCUGUGACAUCAUUCUUCCCCGUAAAGCCAAGCGCUCGAUACUUGAAGAGAACGGCGAGAUUGGCCCUCGGAAGAGUCGCUUGCUUGAUGCUAUGGAAGGCAAGAGUGAACAUGGUAGUGACAGGAGUCGUAGUUCCAGUCGAAGUAGGAGUAGGAGCCCCAGUAAGAGCCCAUACCGGUCACGGAGCCCCAGCGUUAGUCGGAGCAGAAGUCGAUCUCCGUCAGAGAACGGUCGAUACGUAUCACGAAGUCCUUCUCGUUCUCCAUCUCGUUCGCCCGACCGUUCUCGCAGUGGAAGUAUGUCUCCAGAUAGGAUGAACAUCGAACCCAUGAAUGUAUUAUAG